UUCGGGGUUACCAUGCAUUAGUGUAACUAUUCGAAAAUAGAUCAAAUACACGGUUGCCCAGUCAGUAAAUAAAAGAACAACUAUCUACAGGCCUGUUCUCGUGCGUUUGUCAAGAAUCUCCAAUAUAUGGUAACGUUCUAUUUAAUUAAGUACCUUUCGUUGCAAUGCAAUGCACGCCUCAAUAUCAACUGCCGAGAAAUAUGUAUUCUCACUGUCUCUUCCUCUCUCUCUCUUUCUUUUUUUCUUUCGUUUUGUUUUGUUUUGUGAUGAAAUGAACCCAUUCCCCGAUAGUUGCACAGCAUCGUUUAGAUAGCUGGUGCCCACAAGAUGCCGGAUGAUGCAACGAACAACCAAAGAAAGAUGUAUUCGCUUCAGAAAUUUGAUUUAUAGAGAUACCACCAUCACUGUGCGGUGGAAAUAGUUUUUGGAGGCCGAUCCGUGCACACCCUCUAUUACUAGUACCUCAGUGAACCACAGCGACCAUGCAAGUGCUCCACCGUUGGCCGGUACUCCUCGUACCGUUGGUAUUUUGUUUGGUGAUGGUGCAGGUAAUUCGAGCUGGUUUGCUGCUGCUACCGUGAAUGACGCUCUGUACCACUCUGUAUUGCAGCACGCUGGAGCGAUACCGAACCCGGACUUUGGUGUGCCCGUUACGAUCAAUCCGGUAAGGAACGAGGUCAUACUGGAGGCGUCGCUGCUGACCAGCGAGUUUGUCAGCGUUGCCAACGUGAGCGUUCGGCUCGUGUCGGGCACGGCGAUGCUGACCCAGGUACAGGCGGCCGUCGUUUCGAUCGGCCAGCGGUUCCGUGACGGUGGUAUCGCGCUAAUGCAACUGCUAGUCACACUCGCGACCAGCACCGGCACAAUGGGGAACGCGAACGCCUUCAUGCCCGCGUACCAAGGGAUCGACGCAUUGCAACAGCUAACCAAGACCGGCUUUGCGACCGAGCUGGCCAACAUCGGCAGGGUAGUGCCACCGCCGUCGACGCUGGUGCAAAAGUUUAACGACGCGUUUCGUGAGAUGCAAGGCGCACUCAACCAGCUGCGCCUCAGCCUGGAGGCGCUGGAGCGCGAUAUUCGCAAAUCCCGCCAGAACGUGCCCGCCCGAACGCAGAGCGACGUCACGCAGGCACUGAUUGCGUUGCGGCCGUGCAUUCACGCCGUACGGUACAUGGUGCGGACCACCCUGAUGUACCUGCUGGAAGCGGACGAGUUCAUGGUAGAUGUCGCCAAAGAGUUGAACGCGUUCGACACAUCCAUGCGCAACACGCUCGCCAAUUUUAGCAUAGAAACGAACAAACUGAAAGAAGACGCGGUGCAGUACAUAAGCGACACGUUCGGCUGUAGCCUGCUGGAGCAGCACGAGGCGCUACAACCGCUAAUGCCACAGCUGUCGGCUAUCUCCAGCUAUGCCACCGCACUGCAGCAACCGCUCGACGGUAUCCUGGCCGAGCUUGGACCGUCCGCUAUCGCCGCCCGAACGGAUGUAUUCGUGCAAGCCUUCGACCAGUACCGGGUGGAUGCAGUCGCGGUCUCGACCACUGCGGCCGGACUCUUCGUACGUUCGGCCACGGCGCAGCUGCUACGCACGAUGGUACUGACGUUGAUUGCGUUCGGUCCCCAGAACGAGUACUGCUUCAAUUGGUUUGCCUGGCGCGCCUACAGCCUGUACGCGUUGCACCUUAACGCAGCGAGCAAGUGCUACGAGGCGGAACAGGAUCGGCUUAAAACGAUGGUCGAGUUCCUGCGCCACGUGGUGGAUGUGGUGCUGUACGAUGUGGAGGAACUGGUGGACAAUCUGUCGGUCUGUGUGAAUCUUGUACCGGGCGGCGGUGUGUCUUGCGUCGAGCAGCAAGCAAAUCUGUACACAGCGGUACUGCUUACACUAUCCAAGAUGCUAGACGAUGGGGGUAGGCUCAUCGCCGAAGAGUUUGCCGUCAGCUCGGCCAGACUCGGUGCGUGCCUAUCCUCCGGCGAACAGACGACGCUUAACGACGUUGAUAAAUGGGAAAAGCUAGUGAAACUUUGCCAGACGCCACGUAAUCAAUAAAGUGCAUGCAGCGACAGAGCAUCAUGCAUCAUGAAAAAUGGAGUUUGUUUUUGGUCAAUUUAUGAUGACCGGUUACUGUUUUCCUUCAUCCGAAAGUUGUGUUGCAAUACAUUGAGAAUCCAUUGUACAAUCCGAUCAUUCUCCAGCUCUUUGCAUUAAGAUCCGUUACCCCGAA